AAUCGUGUGCCCGCCGACGACGUUUGCAGUUUAUUGUGCGCGCGUGUCCGUGAAACACGGUCGAUAUAACAGAUAUUACAAGUACCAAUUAUUGUUCGACCAAAAAAAAAGUUAAAUUUGUAUUGAUUAAAAUUUUACUUUUUUUUAAAAAAAAAUUUGUUCGUUACCAUAUCAAUAAAAAAUAUUUAUAUUUGAGCCGGUGUAUACAGUGUGCGCGAUCCGUUCCCUCAGAUGGAAGGCUGACGGUUUUAUGCAGUGAUUGCGCCCCACGUAUUAUUCCAUAAUAUAUUACACGAUUGGAAUUAAUUCCCGGAGAUAAUGGCCAACCAUCGCGGAAGAAAUGAAAUAUUAUCCGGUAAUUUUUUACCAGUUUUAUAUAAAACAAAAUAAAUCGCGAAAUUGCACGCUAAAUUUUACGACGAUGAUUUUGAUGUAUUAGUAAAAUUUUAAUGUUGUCUCUCACCACAAAAAAAAAAAAAAAAAAAAAAAAAAAAAAUAAAAAAAAAUAUACUAAUAAAUUAAUAAAACAUAAAUAUUGACGCCUAAUGACGGAAACAUGUUUUAUUGAAUAUUUGUUUGGUUAACGUUUGAAGUUUACAUUUUAAUAUUAUAAUUUACUCCUCGAAUUCGCGUUUUCUGUCGUCAAUGUUGCAUAUUGAUGAUCAUAUCCGAUUAUACGUGAAGUAUUGCCAAGUUGUUAAGACAAUCAUUUCAUAUUUCAAAAAAAAAAUAUCUUGAUUUUACAUAAAUUUAUUGUAUUUAUUGUUUAUUAAUUGUACCCUGCUCAACGUCCCUAAAUAGUCUCUGGAUUUGGCGAUCGCGUAGGAGCACCUGCCUUUAAGCCGGUAUUUUAAUAAGAUUACGAGUAUAUAGCGUAGCGUUUAAUAUUAUAAAUGUAUAAUCAAGUCAGAAAAUAUAUUAGUAAGUACUUUUUAAUUAUUUAGAAUAUUAUAACACAAAAAUGUGUCGAACUGACCAAAAUAAUAAUAUAAUAUCAAAACUGUUAUGGGGGGGAGGGAGGAGACGAAGCUGAUUUUUCAGCAAUUUAUUAUUAAGAUUAUUAUUUUUUUUUAUAAAUAUAUAGGUAGGUACUCAAAAGAUAUGAUGUAUAUUAUUAUUACACACAUUAAAGAGGAAAAGAUCAUAGGGAGAUGUGUCCUCCUCCGUUUGAUUGUCUCUAAUUUCUUAUUCAGUGUUUAUUAAUCGAUAUUAAAUAAAACAUUUAUUAUUAUUAUAAGCACCUAUGUCGAAUUCGUUUUUAAAAUCAAAUGCACAUCCAAUAAAUAUGGUUAUGGAAGGAGGAAGUUAUGUUUCUAUACUCGUAUCAACUGAAUUUAAUAAUUGUAUGAAUUUAUCAGCCUGUGAAUAAUAAUUGACAUAUAUUAUUAUAUAUAGUUAUUACUCAUCAGUUAUUAUUUUAUGUAGCUAAAGAUAAGUAAUAAAUUUAAAAUAAUUCAUUAUAUUAAAUGUUAAUUCAUUAAAAAAUAAUGAAUGCUAUUAUAUUUUAAACUUAAAAGGAAAAUAGGCGCAGAUAAACUUCCAUACGGCAAUAGUUUUUUCUAUUUAUUUUAUUAUUUAUCAUUACUGAUUAUUUUUAUAAAUAUUAUCCUUUUAGUAACACCAUCACCAAAAAUUUAUUUUGUUAUAAUUAUUGUUUAUAAUAUUAUUGAUAUUUUUUUAGAUGUAUAUGAUUGAUAUAAUUAUUAGAUAUAGUGACAUACCCGGACUUAUUUAAUGGGGAGGGGGAAACAUCGACUUAACUUAAUCAUAAAUGGAUCUGGAUGCCAAAUAAUUUUUGAUCUUUUUAUUAUAAUUAGGGUAUAUACAAAUUUGAAAUUACAAAUUUAAAUGUUUUUUAUUAAAUUUUAACUAGUCUAUAAGUUUAUGAGUUCGUAGCACCUACACUAUACAAUUUUCAAAAAUUAUCCACCCCGUCUCAAUAUCAAAUCCAAAUUAAACCACUGGGGAGCUAAACAAUUAAACAUAAUAAAUACGAAUUUUAUAUACGGAUAUACCUAUAGUAUAAUAAUGCAAGCAAAAUAUGUCUAAAUCUAUUUUAUAGUUUUUCUUUAGGUUGUUUUGCAAUGCAGGUGCAUAUACCUACUAUGUAGUACUUAGAUGAUGUUUUGUAUUUAGUUUAGUUAGUACAGGUACAACUUUUAAAAGGUUUUUAUUUCAUUAUUAAUAAGUUUUUAAUGCUGAAUAUAGUUUAUUUAUUAUCUGUUUAUAUUUUAAUACGGCCAAUGUGGGAAGAGGUCGAAGCCUCUUAGCCCCCCUGGAUUUGACGUGGGUUUUAUAUUCUAUAGGUAAGUAUCUAUUUGUGAAAUUCUAUAUCAAAAUUAUUUAUUUUUGAUGGACCUCCCACCUUGAUGGAACCCACACCAUAAUACAUACUAUUACUCUAAAUAAAAUAAUAACGUGAUUCGCAAUCACCUGCAGCUAGAAUUAAAGACCUAUUAUAUUUCGUUUCCUUUGCAAACAAUAAUGAUAAUUAUAAGUUUCAGUAUACUCUUAACAAAUCACGCAUUAAUUAUUAUUAUCACUUUCUGUUUUACCUACUUAACAUUCAUUAGGAAACUAUUAUUAAAAUUGUCUACGUCCCAGGUAGGUAGGUAGUACACAGUUGGGUCGUAAUUAAAACUAACGCGUUGAUUAUUUUAUAUAUACUUAAAAAUAUGGGUAAAAUGACCAGUGGGAUAUAAAGCUCGAGCAAAUAAAAAUCAAUAGAGGCGUGUGAUUAAAAAUUGUAUAAAUUCAAAUACCAAACUAUUAGCCGACUUCCAAAAAUGUUUUACCUACUAUUUUAUAAUUUGAUAAAUGAAAAUGAAUAAUACAUUUUACGCGGUAAUAAUAUAACGAUAAUCAUAAUAUAAUAAAAUACAAUAAAAAAAAAAAAAAAAAAAAAAAAAUUAAAGAAAUGAUUAAUUUUGUCGACUUUAAAAUUAAAUAUUUACGUUGAAUUUCCGACUAAGUAGUCUUAAUUUUCUAGUUUAGAGCGAGGUUGUCACAUCCCCUUGCACCCAUGCGACAGCUGUGCUACAUAAUAUUAAUACGAGUAUUCACCUUAUUCAACCGGUAUCGAUAAUAAAAUAAUAUAUACUUCACAAAUAUAAAUUAUAUUUUUAAACGGAAUUUAUAUAAUUUUUAAUAUGAGAUACCGUAUUUAAUCGUGAGUUUAUGAUAUUUUUAGACGACUGUAGUCCAAAGUCAGAUUAGGCAUAAUCAUUAGUAUUGCAUGUCGUUAUUUUGAUGAAGAGAAGAAACCGUUGUCGUAUAGCGAUUAUUUUUAUUUAGUUGUACAAUAUCCAUUGUGGUAUAAUAAAAUAUCUAUAUUUAUUUGUUAUAAAACUGGAUUUGCAAUUGCGAAAAAACGGUUUGAGAGAGAUCCAAACCGUUUUCGUAGAUAGAUGGGGUUCACUUGCAAAUGUUAGUAGUGUUCUAUUUCUUAGAACUAUAUCUGUUUAUAGCACAUUUGUGCAAGUAUGUACAACAGUGGUUUAUAUUAAUAUUAUCAUAUUAUGUACCUAGUAUGUUAAUAAUAAUGGAAAAGUUGGGAUUUCAUCAUUGCAUUAUAUUGUUGUAAUUUAUUAGUAAACGACAUAACAUUAUCAUUAAAAUAACGUGCUUUUCAUGUUUUAUUUUUUUUCAUAAAAGGAGAAACGGAAAUAUACGUUCUCGUUCCUCAUAAAUAGGAACUCUUUCCCGUUCCUCGUUACUAUAUUUGAAAAGGAACGCGUUCAUCUCAACAAUGAGUUUUCUGAAAAUAUUUGUGAGGUUUCCGUGAAUAUAUCUCUCAUACAUGAUUUAAGUUGCACUGAAAACGAAAGCGAAUGAGACUUUUAACUGAGGUAGAUAGAGUACCAUCGUACUAUUACCCUUGGAAACUAAUUUCGGAGGUUAACUUAAGUUAAUUCGCUAUUCUUUUAAACGUUUCAUAAAAUGAGUUCAUUAUCUACGUAAUUCGCAGGCAGCCAUCCCAAUAAAAUUACCGAGGGUUAUUAACGGAUUUUUCUAGUAUAAUGCAAUAUAGAUUCUUUACUUGGUAAAGGUCAAGUCCGUAUACUGGGGGGGUUAGGGAUUCACCUCCUCCCCCCCGAAAUGUUUUAAGUAGGUAUAUAUUUGUAAUAUAACAAAGACUAACUACAAGUUCAUGAUUUAAACAUUUUUAACCUCUCCCCCCGAAAAUUGAUCCUGAAUACAAGCUUGGUAUAGGUUAUCCUAACCUAACCUAACCUUAUAGAACUUGAAUAAUAAUAAAAAAUUGUCUUUUAACUGAUAAUCGUCUGCUUAUUACACGAACAGACACUCUGAUUCAUACAUUGUUUUAUAGCGAAUAUAUUCUGGGAAUGGUAGUUUGUAGCUAGGCACCUAUAGCCUAAUAAUUAUGAGUCAAUGACAAACAUUCGGGUAGUGCAUAAAAUUUAAGUGCGUAUAUUAUUAUUAUCUAUGUAGGAAAGAAAAAAAAUUAAGAUGCGUAGCACGUACAACACGAAACGACCUAUAAUGUCUUUCGAAAAACCGGCUUAACAUUCUUUAUAGGUAUAUAUACUUACGCUUUGGGUCAGAAAGAUGAACCAUAAAUUCACUGUUAUUGUUGAAAAAAAAUACGCGACAAACUUUGUAAGUUGUGUUUGUUGUACAAUAAUAUUAUAUUAUGUAUAAAUUAUAUUUGUGACGUAUUUUAACACGUAAAAAAAGAAAAUACUAUUGUCUCCAGUGCGAAUUUGACGUUGGGUUUUUAAAACCCCAUCAGCCCUUGGGCUAUUUUUAAAAUUGUUACUUAUACAUUGUACAUGUAUUCAAGGUCGUAACUGGGGGAAGGGGUUAUCUUGUGUUUAACUACGUAAAAAAUACUAGCGUAGAUAUAGUAAACACAUUUUAGAUCUCCUUUAGACAUAUUUUUCGAACAACACUUUCGAUUAGUAAAAUUUUUAAAACAGUUUUUAAAAAAAACUGAUAAUCAUGAUACAUACUUUGAUACUAUGAUACUUUGGUUUAGCGUUAAUUUCGCUGUACGAAUUUAUAAAUUAUUCUAUACAUCCUAUAUAAUUUAUUCCUCAUAUAUUUUAUCAUAUACUGACUUCCCAUCACCUAAUACAGUGGUGAGGUUCAUAGUGCGAUGUAUAAGUCCGGUUUUUCUGUUUCACAUUAUGAAGAUACCUGCAACCCGAACAUAAUCGAUUCAUUAUAAAUGAUCGGAACCAUACAUAGGUCUGCGAAUAAUAUAAUUUUGAAGUUUUCAACGUAGAAAUAUUAUGGUAUUAUUAUUAUGUGUUUCUAUUAAAUGAGCGAUGUUAAAACCGUUUAUUAAAAAAAAAAACACGCGAUUUCACGAAUUAUCAUAAAAUAGUGUGAGACCGCGCUAAUAUAAGAAGCGCGUGCGAUAGGCUGUACAGCUGUAGCAGUUUGUCGGAAAGUUAGUUGACUACUUUCACUAGGUAUAUAAUAAUAUAAUAAUAUUGAGAAGCCGCGCAUUGUCGAAUGAAGAAGACGUUCGGUUGGAGAUUGUUCAAGUUUAAAAUACGAUAUAAUAUUAUUAUAUUAUUAAAUGUACACGCAGUUACUUUUGCCAACAACAACAAUAUAAUGAAUAUAAAUAAUAUAUAAUAAAAUAUUAAUAACGCAAUAGAAAUUAUUAUUGUAAGUAUACCGGCUAGUUUUUUCUUUUUAAAUUUCUAUAGGUGACUUUUUACGAUAUGGCAUUAGAAAACUCAAUGAAGCCGGUUGUGAGUAAUAAUAUGCGCUAGAUAGCUCUUUUGUACAAACAACUUAAACGGGGGUACUAGAUUUUGAAUGCGUUUAAGAACGCGUUUAAUUUAAUAUUUAUAUAUUUUCGAUACACGAGUAAUAAUAAUGAUGAUAAUAAUAAGAAUACAGGACCUAUGUUUAAUACCUACAUCUGAUAACUACUAAACGUACAAUUAACUAAACGACCGUGAGCGCGACAAUAUAGGUAUAGUUAUUUUAAUUUUCUGUUACGAACCUUGGUCGUUAUUGGUAUUGCGGACUAUUUAAUAAACGCUAUGGUAUUAUUAUAGGUAUAUACUAGCCUGCGCCCUAUUUACGCGAGAACAUUAUGGGUAUUGGAUAUUUUUCUAGGGCACAUGCGGAUCAGGGACCCACCAACUGGAUUUAAUUAUAUUUUUUUUUAAUUUGAAAAAAAAAGGAAAAAAGGUAAUAAAAUCUUUUGCUGUUGACUUUUUUAUUUUGCUUAUCGGCUCUUAUGUCCCGGGGCAUUCGAUUUUCUAAAUCAUGCUCUGAUACUAACUAUACACUAGUUUGUAGACAAAUUGACGAAUGUUUACAGCAAACAAAAAUGUAAUUAUUAAUUAAUUUCGUUAUUCAUAUGCCGCAUGGUAUGUUAUAUUUAGGUUGCAGUUUUAGAAAUUUAUUUAAAAAAAAACUGAUAAUCGCGCAAAACAGUGUCGUAUCGUGGCAGUCUUAUUAUACCUAUAAAAAAAAAAAACCGGAAUCGCUAAUUGUCACUUAACAUAGGUAGGUACCUAUACACGGUGACGACUACGUCUACACAUAUUUUAUUGCAGUGUACGUUCAAGUACAGAGCAUAUAGGUUAAAUCGUCACGCAGAAAUAAUAAAUCGAUAGGCACAAUAAAGAGGUUACUGGAAUACUAUAUAGUUAUCCGGACUUGAAUCUAAUAUGUUCUUAUUAACUAUCAUUAUUAACUAUUUAUGUAUAUAUUUUUUAUUUUUAUAAAAUUUUAUGGUUUUUUACUUUUAUAUUUAUAUAUAUUAUAUAAUGUAAUGUUUGUUCAUAGUGUAACUUCCGCACGAGUUAAACGGCACGCGAUAAAAAAGUGUAUAUAAUUAAUAACAAUACAUAUAACAUACGUCAAACAUAGGUAAAGGUAUUAUCUUCUUGUUUUUCUUAGACGGCUUUCCGAGAGUUUUAUAUUCUGGUUUACCCCCUUGAACCAUCGUUAUAUCCUUGGUCUUCUCCCAACUCGUGUGUUCAAAUCAUUGACAAUUUGUUGAAACAAUUUUAUUCACAUUCAACUAAAUAAAAACUUUUAAAAAAAAACCUAUAAACGAAUCAAAGCAAAAUAUAAAUCAACAAAAACCGUUAUUCCAUACAAAAACUUCAGACGUUUUUCCAACAACUAUUUCUGGUUUUUCCGAUUAUUAAGAAAACUACAUGGAAAAUCAAAAAAAAAAAAUGACCUUUAAAGUACCACCUCAGGAAAAUUUUCUUUCCGAAAAAGUGCUAUACUUGAUGCUUUGGAGCAAGAUUUCUAGUAGAAUUUUUGGACACAGUAUAUAUAUACAAUUUUUGUAAAACCAAUACAUUAUUCGCUGCACUCAGUAUUUAAAAAAAGGCUGGUACUGCUGACGGGUGUGCUACUAUUUUAGGCAGGAAGUGGAAUGAAAGGAUAUGUAGAGUACCUAAUUUAAUUUAUAUCUGUACGCAACGAUAAACCAUUGCUAACAAUAAACGAUCGUGAUACGGUUUGACAUGUUGCAAAGGUAACCCAGAAAUCAACAGAAAUUAUACAAAAUUAAAAAAUAAAAAACUGUUAACAAUAUUAUAAGCGUUUCCCCCAAACCCCAUUGAUUAAGAGAAAACUACCAGGAAAGUCAAAAAAUGAUUUCCACAGUACUCGAACUAGAUCAAAAUUAUUGACACACGCAAGUCCCUUAAAAGUUUUUAAUUGGAAUAAGAUUUCUGCUGGUAGAAAAGAUGUUUACAAAUACGAAAAAAAAAACGCACUCAUAACGUUAACUGCAUAAUACACGCCGUAUGCCCCGAUAUUUUAUAAUAUAAUAUAAACGUGUAUUACGACGACGCUAUAGGUGGCCCGAUUACCCUGAGGGGUAAAAGUUUUGUCGAAAAAUCUCGUGGCGGCGGCGGCGGCAGCGGUCCAAAUCAAACGCGGAAGGUCGCGAGCGUUUCAUAAAAACUUAUGCAACGCGAGCGCCCGAACAACACGCGCGUCAACGGCCGCUUUCUUCCUAAUAUUUCGCCGGACCGCGCGGUUUUCAUUUUUUUUUUUUUAAAUGUCACGAAUCGAAAUCCAAUCGGGUUAUAUACGGACUUCUAGGUGUCUGCCUAUUAUAUAUAAUACGUAUACACACGAAUACAUAGGUACCGUCGAUACGACAACGUUAUUAAAGUCAUACGCGUGUCUUGUUUUUUUAAACCAUCCGCGAGUGUUCGUAGAGAUCCGAGACUUUCACACACACACACGCACACACACACACACACACACGAAAUAAAAUAUAUCUUAGUCCGUCGUCGUUUUUAUUAUUAUUAUUCUUAUUUUUAUUAAUUAUUUUGUUUUUUCGUCUACUCGUUUCGACGUCCAGACAUUCCCGAGGUGUAUAAACCGUGUACGGGAUCGAGCCGAUUUUACUUUGUUAUUACUAUAUUGUUACCUAGAAUAUUAUUUCCUUUUAUUAUUGUUGUCCGUGUCCCGUGACGCGCUGACGAGGGGCCCGGUCGCCGACGACGAGUAUUAUAAAUUAUAUUAUAAUCUGUUUCCGUCGCGUCUAACAAACGCGUCACCGGGUUUUUGAUGCCGAGUUUGAGGCGUCCGUGAUAAUGUGUAGACUAUAAUAUGAGACGCCGCCGUACUAUACUGCAGCAACCCUUACAAUAAUAUCGUUUGGCGCCAAACUCCGUUUCGGAACGUCGAAACGCGAAGCAAAAAUAAUAAAUACCUAUCCUUCCACUUAUUAUACAUACGCAUUUUUGAUACUCAGUGUGACCGCCGGAUUGGACAGUAUCUCUGAUAUAAUCAUCUUAUUAAAUACGUAUCUAGAUACAAUAUUAUGUACAGUUCUGAAAAGUAUCGAGUAUACUUUAUUAUACAAUACUGAAAUCGGUGCUUCUGGUAUAGAGUAUCUAAAUACUAAUAAAUGUCUAUGUAUUAUAUGUAUGGUCAAUUUUUGAUUUUCCAAGUGGUUUUCAUAAUAAUUGAGAAAAACUGGGUAAAAACGUAAAAUAGUGUAAAAAUGUACAAAAAUAAUGUUUUUAUCAUUUUUGUUUUUUUGUUUUAAUUAAGGUUAAAAUGUUCGUAAAAACUUGAUAUUUGAACAGAAAAUUUAUAUUUCCCUUUUCAAGACGUGGUAACAUUUUCGAAACAUUUUAUUCAUUUUUAAGCUAUUUAUAGAUAUUUUAAUUUUGCAAGUUUUUCACGUAAUUUUUAUUCGGUAGGUAAUUUGUGGAUAAAAUUGUUAGACCAAACAGAAAUGCUUGGCAAUUUAACAGGAGGUUUAUUAUAAGUUGUACAUAGUGUUGAACAAGAAAAAUUUGAAUUUAAUGUAGUAUUUAAACGACCUUUUAAAAUAUAUUUAAGUAUGUCCGUCUUUUUUUUUAUCUGUCUUGUUUAUAGACUGUCAUUCUCGAUUAUUAUCUUAGCAUUGUUUUGAAAAAAAAAAAUAUUUAUCUUGACUAGAAGAGACAUUUUGGAAUAUUUAAACAGUGAACUGUAAAGAAAAUUAAGUAGAUGUAUGUCUACAAAAAUCCUAUAUGACUCGAUGCAUUUAAAAAAUAUCUUAUACUAUAAAAAAUAAGGUAUGUGAAACAAGUAGGGAAUCACGACGCAACAAAACGUAUCAACAUUUAUUACAUGUUCAAUCUUUACUGCAAUAUUAUCGCGUUAAUCGAAAUUUUGCAAUAGUAUAGUGUCUCAACCCUAUACAUAUAAAUCAUAUUACAGAUGUACUAUAUGUCUAUAAUUGAGACACAGAUAAUGAAAAUGAAUCAAUAAAAAAUUGUCAGUUUUUCCAAAUUAUUAAGAAAACUACAACGCAAUUAAAGAUAGAUUAUUUUCUGAACGCACCAACUUGAUCAAAAUGGUUACAAGAAAGUUCCUAUAACGUUUACGAAUUUGGAGUCAAAUUUUUGAUAGCAAAGUCGUUUACUAGAAUCUAAAACUAAAUGGGGUUCACCAUAAUUUUCUGGUAAUCCGAACCGUGACGGGUAAGCCGGAUUCGUUUACCUUUUAUUAUAUUUUAAAAGAUGAUUACCUAUUUAUCAUGUGUUUUUACGACGAUUCGGAAUAAUACUUACGUCGGUUCGUAUAUAAUAACAUAACAACGAGUAUGUCACCCGUUUCAAACUAUUAACUUCUGUAUAUGUGCGACGAAAUAAACUAACCAGUCCGAGGAUGCGGUUUCCGUGUAGGUAUUAUAAUAUUCGGGCGACAGGAAAUCGUUUCCUGCGAGCCCGAGGCGCGAUAUACGCGGCCGUUCACACACCCGUUUAUUAGUUACUUACCUAUAAGUAUAUAACGUCCGUUCGGUUGUUCAGCGAUUUUAUAAUGUUACGACGACGUGUAGAUACGUAAUUUUAUGAUAUUAUAUUAUUAUAAUCAGUUAUUUACAGGUAGGUAUACACAGAGGCGUGUUUUUUUUUUCAUAUUAUACCAUUUAUAAUAAUGCCGCUCGCGUUUUUACUACGCGAACGUUUUUUGCAAAACCGUGUACGUUCCGUUUACAUAAGUCAUUCGCAGUCCCGUUCGUCUACGAGAAUAUAUACGAUAUAACCGAUAUCUUUGAAGAAUAUUAUUAUUUCGAGUUUAUAUUACAGCAUUAUUAUAUAUGGAGUAUAUAGACGCUAGAGAAUGUUUCCCAACCUUUUUGAUAGUACGGAUCAAUGAUGUAUACCUAAUAUAUGACAUUUGACUAGUAGCCACUUUGAGGAUAAAUUCUCACUGUUCUCUCGCAGCCACCAGAUAUUUCGGCAGUUCUUAUCUUUUUGUAUUGUUUUUUUUUUUUUUUUAUCAAAUUCAAAUACACAAUAGUAGUUAUAAUUUACAAACCAUCUUCCUUUAUAAACAACAUUAUAUUAUGUAGCUAUUAAAACUGUGUGUAUCAAAAAUAAUUUUAUCCUAAAUAGAUUUAACAUUGAGUAAUAUAAUUGAUUUGUACGAUAACUAAAAUUUAAAAAUGGCGAUGAGAUGAUGUGCGAUUAAACCCUUAUACCUCUUUCCAUGUAUACUCCCCUGUUACAGACCACUUGGAGAAUUUUUCAGAGGUGUCAGACUGGUGGACGAUCUGGAUUUAAGGGAAACUUUUAUAAGUUAUAGCAAAAGUUUUGGCUUAUAAGUUAUAAACAAGAGUCAUUUUUGUUCAAAGAUUUACUAGAUUUAGUAAUUAUAGGAGAAAAAAUUAAGAAAAUACGAUAUGUAUAUUAUGAUGACUUUUUUUGUAGCUCGUUAAAAAACCGUUACCUAUUUAUAUAACACAAUAUAUUUUUUAUUUUAUUGCUAACAAGAUGACUCACAAUCAGACCAUAACUCAUAUUACAUGUAGUUUACAUAGUAAUGUCAUACAUUUUCAGGAGUUGGUUUGCAUUUUUUUUUUGUGGGGCUAAUACCUUUCCCCCGAUCACCCUCCUAGAACAAACACUGGUCCAACCAAUUUCUCUGUCGAUUAUUUAUUUAUUACAAAAACCAAACACAAAAACCAUUGUUCACACUCACAUAAUUAUGAUGUUUCCGAAAGAAAAUAUAUGAAGGUAACGUAUAAAUAAAAAUUCUCCGGAAUCUAAUGGCAUGUAAUAUUGUUUAGUAUGAUUUUUCGCGAACAUCGAAUUUUUUUUUUAAAUUUGUUGAAUAAAAUAAUAGUCGAACAAAAUCAUUGGACCAUAGAUUUAGAACCACUGGUAAAUAGAUACCCUACGGGUAUAUGUCUGUGUGUAUGUUUGUAUAUGUGUGUGAAAGAGAGAGAGAGAGAAAGAGAGAGAGAUCAUUAGAAAAGCAAAAAAAUUACCCUCCGUGAUCGGUUGUAAUAUUAUUAUUACGUGUGCCCAGUCGUUCGUUCACAAACUAUAAAAUAACAUAAUAUUACUUCUGAAAAAAUAUUAUGGAUGACGUAUUAUUUUCAUCUGGUUACGUUUAUAAUACGAAUAGGUCGAUGGUAGGCCCCGGGGACAAUAUAUGCGCACAAAACUGCGAAUGCGUAGAAUGUAUAUAGAGAGAUAUAAUAAAAUUAUUAUUAUUUCGAAUUCGACCAACGGUAUAUGUUUUAUAGUAGAAUUUUUUUUCAUCAUCAUCCGGCCUCCUUAUUAUUCUAACCGUUGGCAUAUAUAUAAUGCUUUUGUGUAGGGGGCCGCGGGGGAUCAGUGGCAAACAAUUUCCUUGUGAACUAGGGAGUUUUUUUUUUUUUUAAAUUUACACACGAAAUUGUAUUUACAUUCAAUCAUUUGUUCAUUAUUCUUCUUUCUUCAGCUUCAAAGACCCGAUACUAUCUCUUCCUAGUUUUUCACUCCUAGUAUUGUUAGAUCCUUUCCGACUUUAUCAGACCAUCAUCGUUGUUUGGGUAAGACCUAAGGAUCUGUUAUCUUGUGGUUUUCAUAUUAAGGACUUUUUUUGUAAUGGGUUUGUACGUGGCUUAACUAUAGUCAGCUUAAUCUUUUGAGUCGAUUAUCACAAUUGUGUAUGGUUUUGAAAAUACAUAUAAGGGACGCAGUGAAAGACAAUGGGAUGGGGGGGUGUCUGACGUGCACAUCCCCUCCUGUACACUUCUAAUUUGAACAUCUGUCCCAAUGGCCUUCGUAAGAUUAAAAACAAUAUAAAGUCGAAGUAUUUCAUUAUAAUUAUAUGAGUUGUUGCAUUUUUAUUAGCACUUAGCAGACACUAUACCUAUCACCGCUGAUAAUUCACCUGUUUCGUAUAAUAAAUGGUUUUUUAAAUAAGAAUGUUUCAUAACCGUCAAUGUGCAAUUGCCUUGAAUCGGACGAGACUUUCUAUACGAAUGGAAAAAAAUUAUAAAAAUAGAUACUUGAUAUAUAGGUAUUAUUUUUAAAUGUACAAGCAAACCUAAACCUAUAUAUUAUGGUAGGUAUACUCAUGAUCGAAUAGAAAAUAAAAAUAGGUAACGCAAUUAACGAGUAUAAAAGUAUAUUAUUUAUGCAUACUAUAACCUCUACGUCAUCUAUAAUUGUCGAAAAAAAUUGUAAUAACACGUGCUUCGCAAUAAAGUUUCGGUUUUUUCUUUCUUCUAUUAUAUAUAAUGUGAUGAACCGGUCGAAACCUUUAUGCCUCCUCCUUUCAUAAAUUGAAAUGACGCCACUGUAUUAUUAUAUUGUUAUUGUGAAAUCAAUGGUCAGUUAAAACUAUUAUUAUAAACACUUUGGUUUUAUAUAGAUACCAAUACAUAUAUUUAGCGAUUACAAUACAAAUUUUAAUAAUCGUUAAUUGUGCUACGACAUUCAAUAUGAUGAACUCUAUAAUUCUAUAAUAAUUACAUAAUUUGCGAUUUUUGUUUCGAUAAGUUUCGAUUUCAAUAUUCGUCAUAAUGAUAAUAAAUAAUAAUAAUGUACAAUUAUCUAGUUUUAUCCGAAUCAAUUAGCUAUAUUAAAAGUAAAUUAAUAUAUAAUUAGACAUGAGUGGAUUCAAACAAAAUAGGUACCCACCUGCCAUUGUAAUUAGGGCCCAGAAUUAUAAGCACUUUUAGAUUUUAACGUGCGAAAUAUGAAUGCAUUUUUGCAUUUAUUAUCAUUAAAAUUAAAAUCAAAGUUAACUAUGCAAUAUGAACUAAGGAAAUAAUUUUAAUGCCAAAUCAUACAGCUUAUAAAAUAUGUUUCGAGGGAAAAUGAUCGGCUGGCGUCAUAUAAAAAUACACCAAAAAUGAUGGAAAAGCCCUCUAACAUUUUUCGUUUAUAAUUAUGGGUAAUUUAAAUAUAUUUAAUAAAAUCUUAUUUAUACCUAAUACUUAUUUAUGUUAAAUAUCUUCAAAAAUUUUCAGUUAAUAAACGUAUUUUUUAUUAUAAAACUUUCAGUUCAACUACCGAGUAACAUGAUAAAACAAUGCUUACGUAAAAUAAGUAAAACUAUCUUAAAUUUAAUUUUAGAGCAAAAGCAUCUAUUAUGACAUUUACAGAGAAAAAUAUUUUUGAGGAACCUUAUAGGAUUUUUGUAAAUUAUAAAUUUACAACUCGAUUUAAAAGGCACAAAUCCUUUAUUAUUUAUUUUUUUAUUUUUAAAUAAAUAAUUUUUUCAAUAGUUCAUAUUUCAAAAAACAUGUAUAAGAUUCCUUCCAAAAUAUUGUAAUACACUUAUAUCUAUAAUAAGUAUUUAAUUCGAAUCGCUUAAUAUUUAUUUUAUAGAAUAUAUUUUGAACUUUACAAAUAUCCCUAUUCGGUACCAAACUGCAUCAUCGUUAUCGUGUCGUAUACUACAUGAAACUUAAAUGACUUAUGUUUAAUGAAUAUACUAUACACGCUUUUACUAGGUGUGGCUAUUAAAUAACGAGACUGCUCGCCUAGAGGGCGCCUUAAAUGAAUAGUAAAAAAAACGAGUAAUGCGUUGGGUAUCUAUAUAUCUUAUCUAUGCACGUACCAAAACACGUUUUCGUCACUAUUAUAGUAUUUGUGCAGUAGUGGUUUGAAACGAACCUGUUUUUUUCUCGUGCCGAAAACCAUGUGUGACGAAAAACAUGAGCAACGGAUAAACGUAAAAUUUUCUCGUUAAACUAAAAAAAACUCCAACUGAGUGCUAUAAGUUGUUAAAAGAGGCCUAUAGUGAGGAUUUCCUAUCUCGGGCGCGUGUUUUUGAGUGGCAUAAAUUAUUUUCUGAAGGUCGAGAGUGCACCGGAAUCCAAUUCAGUCGUAAUCCAAAUUCAAAACCGUUUUCUUCGAUAUCAACGGCAUCGUGAUGACUGAAUGGGUUCCAGAGGGUCAAACUGUGAACCAACAUUACUAUUUGACAGUUUUGGCAACAUUGCGCGAAUGAGUUCGUAAGAAACGGUCGAUAUUGUGGAAAAACAAGUCGUGGAUCUUGCACCAGGAUAAAGCGUGAAGCGUUAUUUGGCCGCUUAAGGCACUCCAGUACUCGAACACGCGUCUUACUCACCCGACUUGGCACCCUGCGACUUUUACUUGUUUCCGAAGAUAAAGUCUGCCUUAAAAGGAAUCCGGUUUGAGUCGACGGAAGAGGUGAAACAAAAAUCGGCGGAACUCCUGAAUGGUCUUACGAAAACAGACUUCCAGCACUGCCUCGAGCAAUGGAAGAAACGAAUGAAACGGUGUGUGGUGAGGGGAGGGGAGUAUAUUGAAGGGGAGCAUUUGAAUGUAGAAUAACUUUUAUAAUAAAACACUCUUUCGUAAUCAGUCUCGUUAUUUAAUAGCCACACCUUGUAUAGGCGUUUUUAUUGCAUUUUCUUGUAUUAUAAAUUUUCAGGCUUUACAAUGAUAUAUAAAUACUAAAAUAAUAAACACUAUGGGUAUUAUCAUAUAAUAUUAUGAUAGCAUAAUUUAAGUCUACAAGAAUACUCCAUUGUGUAUAGCGUGCUACGAUUAUAUUUUCGUCAAGAUGCCUAUAUAUCUAUUUAUAAUAUAAUAUAAUAUUGUUUUAAUAGUGAUAAGCGUUUCAAAUUUUUAAAAAAUUUUAUUUAUUGAAUAGUAUAUUGGUCGCGAGAGCCACGGUGAGCGAAAAUCAAUUUUCAAUAUCGUUUUUGGUUAAUUAUAAGUAUAAUUUAUAACUGUGCGAGCGAUUAAGCGGAUAUAUGGCCUACACACUUCUUGGUUUUUAAACAAUGCGUGUACUCAAUAUUUUUUAAUUUAAAACGCAGGUAUACGUUUACAGAAACGCGAAUACUUGGUUAUAUUUCACAUAUAUGUCUUGUUUAUUAUUAACUAUUAUCAAAACACCAUAUAUCGAUGCAUGUUAUCACAAUGAUUCAACGGUGAAUGAAAACAGACAGUGACGUUUUUUCUUUCUUUUCCGUCAAUCUGUUGUUGAAUCAGGAGUGGUGGUUCUAGCCUGUUGAUGACUAGGACUCGGAACUUAAUGCUCUUAAAAAGUAAAAAUAUGCACCUAGAUAAUCUCUCUUAAUACGACGCUCGAAAAUAAAAUGUUUUUGAAGUUUUUGUGGUAUGAUGAUGGUCACACUACAAAACACUCAUAUCACUCAUGCCUACUCAACGUGCACAUCUACCUAUAUUGAUAAAAAUCAGUUUUCUUUUUCCUAAGGUCCUAAACAAAAUACCUCCCGAAUAAAACUAUAUUAUUGCUGUGUUACUUUUUAGAUUAUAUACUCGUAUAAUAUAAAAAAAAAACAAAACAAAGCAAAUAAUAAUAAUAAACAUUCGUCAGCUUGUUGGUGUUGCUGCAGCGAUAUACUAUAACCGGUGUAUUUAAAGAGGUGGCAGUGUACUUAAUAUAGCGACUUUAUGACACAUGUUUUUUCUUUUAAUAUUCACAUAUUGACCUUCCUUCAUGCACGUGAGACCAAUUGUGAGAUAACGUUUAUUUUGGUUCUGGCACGCCAUUCCAAUAAUAAUAAUGAUAAUAAUAAUUAGUGGCGUGGGUGGUAUAUCAUGCCUGCGCGGUUAUAUAUUAUUAUUUAUAUUGAUGUGUGAAAAUAACAACAUAAUUUUCCAACACAUAAAGAAAACAAUAAUAAUAUAUUAUCGAACUGUAGUAGCGAGCAAGGGGUAAGAGGAGAUAUUCCGCGGUCACUCAGAUAAUAUAUUGACGAUUGUUUUUGUAUUCCCACGUGCGCAUGAAAAAAUGACCGCGUGUGUGUAAUUGUUUCAUUUCAAACUUCCCGUCUUCCACCAAUAAAAUGCACAUAAUAAAAACAAAUAUAUAUAAUGGCAUUAUCGGCUAUUUAUUGUAUACCUACAUUACAUUACACGUAUAUAUUGCUCCAGUAAAAUUUUUUCACAUUAUCAUCAGCAGUAUAGUUGUGUGAGAAUGUUUUUACCUUGUAACGUUUGAAACAAAAAAAAAAACAUUGUUAAUGAAAUACAAUUCUGAGCGAAGUUCGGUUAAACAUUUUCCGCGUCCAGAAAAAGCUAUAAGUAUUCUGUGCAAAUUUCAAGUCACUGUGAUAAUUUUUAACCGAAUUACAAAAGAAAAAAAAUCAAAUCGAAAAUAAUGAAAUCAUUAUUACCGUAAAUAUUUCCGUUUUUCUAAUUAUUGUGAAAACUGCAAGGAAAAUCAUCAAAAAACAACUUCCCCAAUGGAUUAACUAGAUACAAUUUGAUUUCAGAAAAAAUGCUAAACUUAAAAAUCGGAGCAAUAUUUCUGAUAGAACCUAUUGUUAAUAGACAAAAAAAAAUAUAGAGGUCACACACAUACAUCGUAUUAAAGCCAAUAAAUUACUCGCUGCGCUUAGAAUCUAAAGUAAAAUAAAAAGCGGAUUCCCGUCGAUCGAAACGUUCCAUUGAGUGUAUAGAAUAAGAAAUUUAAAAUGUUAGGAUUUUAUAUUCUGAAAUCAAUUUUUAUACCUAGGUACCUAUUACCGCGCAAUUCGACACUCGUCAAGUAUGCUUGACGCGUAGUACACAAGAGGAGCGUGCAGUCACAGUAUAGGCAACAAGAUGACUGUGAUAUGAUGGUAUUGUAUUUUACGUGUGUACCUAUUAACCAGCGAAUAGAUAAUUCCUCGGAUUCUAACGGAAGUCGAACUCCGAUCCCGUAUAAAAAUUGGCACGUACCAAAUCGGCGAAAUGUCUCGACAUACGAAUGUGAAAUUAAUGAGAUACCUAUUCGUAUACUCUAUGGUCUUUGGAUUGUGAUACGGAGUCAUUAGUCAUUAAAAACACGUCUGCGGGAAAAUAAUGACGCGAAUUAAAUUAGGCAUAAUAGGUAAUGAAAGGAUAAAUAUAUCUUUGGUCCCAGGGAAGAAGAGCUUAAGUUAAUUUAAGUAGUUUUCAAUACGAGCAAUUAAAAAAUUUAAAAAUAAAUACACUUAGACUUACAUUAAUACACUACAUACAUUAAUUUUAAAAAUAUAUUCACUUAUGCCAUUUACAUCAAUAAAUAAAGCCGAAAAAUUCCAUAAGACAAAAUUAUAAAACAAACAAAAUAAUUCCGAAAAAUUACUAGUCUUUCUUCCCUGUGAUCAAAGAUAUAGCGUACGACUAAGGAAAACAGUCGAGAAAAUACUAACGAAACGGUCAACGUGUGAGCAGUCUUGAUCGCCCAGUCGUAUGAUAUAUUAUAAAUAUAACUAAUAACGAUCGAUCGUUUAUAACACGUUUCAUGAUCGUAUUUCAUAAUAUUAUAUACUUCAGAAAUGUUAUAGCCGUGUGAGAUAACCGGUAAUGAACACGUUUUUAUGGUGUGGUUUUCAGCUACAACAGUAUACCUAUAUCUAUUAAUACUAAGCUAAUACAAAAUAUAUUGGGCAGUUAAAAUAUUAUGUUUAUUAUAUACAUAUGAUGGUUAUACUCAAAAUGGUGAUAUUGCGUAAGUCCGUCGAAAAAGAAAUUCAAUAUCCUUAUACGUCCAUGCAUAUUAUAAUAUUAUAUGCCUCCCGAAUUAGGUUGCAGUAAACGCAAGUAAGAUAUAAUAAUAAUAUGUUAUUUCGCUAGAAUUCAUACGAAUUUAUGUACACAGAAUUAUUGUUCGCAAAGCAUAAUAAACAAUGUACAAUUAUUGCGGUUUUUGCUCGUUAAAAUUUUUUUUUUCCUUCGUAAAAAUUUGAAACAUUUAACAAGGGUACGACGAUUACGCGUAAACAAUAUUAAUUAUAUUAUCUAAAAGACUGUUACAUGGAUGUAUUUCUUUUUAUAUAGAGCAAUUUAAUUUAUAUCUGUACGCAAUAAUAAGUCGAUAGAGCAAUUUAAUUUAUAUCUGUACGCAAUAAUAAGUCGAUAGACCAUUGCUAAAAAAAAAAAAAUGAUUCUGAGUAGAUUUGUAUUAUAGACCGAUUACACAUAUUUUUUUCCUCUAUAGUUGCUUUUUAAAGUAAACUGCAUUAUUUUAAGGACCAAGAUUAAAUUACAUCUUUGUUACACGCUACAAUAGAUAUAUGCAUGUAAUUUUAAGAUGUAUAACAUAAAUUACAAUUGAGUCACAAUCAUUACGUCACAAGCAUACUACAUUGGUUUUUUUUAUAAUUAAUUAGUUGAUUUAGUUAUUUAAAAAUAAUAAUUCUGCAAAUGAACGUGAAACAGUGGGAAAUUAAUUUCUUGAUUCGAUUAUGAAAUAUAUCCAAAUACGUAUUAUAAUAUUUCUCAAUAAUUUGAUUUACUAUUAUACUAUUACUAUAGGCCGAAACCAUAAGACGGGAAAAUAGGGCGAAGGAAGAUGUAAAAAAAUUAAGUCAGGAGUGGAUUGGAAAAAAGUAUCGUUAGAUUUUAGGGGAAAUCGUUUGAACGGUAUGGCCUUAAAAGCCCGAACCACGGAAGAAACAGGCAAUAAUAUUGCUGUGAGUAGUUUUCGAAAAAUAUAAUAUAAAAUAAUAUUUUGAACAUCCCCAUGGGCGUGAAUUUCAAAAGAAAAAUGUAUUUAUUAUGACAUUUAUCAUAAUUAUAACUAGGACUGUGAAUUAAAUGCACUAAAAGCCUAGUACCUAAUCAGUUUUUAUAAAACCCGAAUCCACUAAAAUCCACAAUUAAAACACAUUAUAAUAUGAAAAAUAUUUAUUCAAUGUAUAGAUAAUACUUGCUACUCUUAUUAACUUAUUCCAACGUUAUUAAGUAGGUAUCAAUAGUUUUUUUUGGAGCUGGCCUUUGCCUAUAUUAUCUAUCUAAUCAUUAAAAUAAUCGUAAUCGUCAAAACAAGUAGUUAUAUUUUUUUUUUCACAUUGUACUAGUACCUUAUUAUAGGUUCUUAUGUAAUAUUAUUAUAAUGAAUAAUUCAAAUUGUGUAGUCAUGCAAAAAAAAAAAUAAAAAACAAAAACUAAAAAUAUUUCUUAUAAUACGCAAAUACUUACGUCUUGUCGCAUUACAUACAAUAUACGGCUGUCAUUUUUUUUUUUUUUUUUAUUGUGUCUGUAUCUACAAAUACGGAUACAAUUUAAAAAACAAAAUGUAAAUUGAUAAAAUGGCGCUUAAGUACUGCCUUUUACAAAUUGACAGCCGAAUAGUUUGGAUGAACAUUUUGCAAAUUCAACACAAAUAAAAUUGUCAACAUUUUGUAUUAUUAUUAUUAUUUAUUGAAGGAAAUGUUGAUAACCAUUUCGGGUUAUUCGAUAAUAUUGUUUAGACUCCUGAAACAAUCUCCUUUGGCCAAUCCAAUAGAUAUGGAUAUGUGUUUACGUAUGAUUAAUUAUGGUUAUUUAACAAUAAAUUGCAAAAUUAACAUUUUUCAGACACUGAAUACAAUUUCUAGGAAUUUGAAUUUUUUAAAUCAGAGAUCGAUGUGACCUACAAAAUGUCUUCAUGUUUGAAAUAGUAAAAAAAAAAAUAACAUACAAAUUCAACAACUAUUAUAAGAGGCGUGAGAGUUUUCCCCGAGGCAUGUUUGUGUACGAAAUAUAUUACAGUAGCUCCGAUAGCAUUAACAUUGUACUAUUUUCGUUUGAAAUAUUAUUUUUACAUCCCAUUUAUAUUUUAUCGCAAUGGCUGUAUAAAAAUAUAUCGAAAACCUUAAUAUUAUCGAAAUAUUAAAAGUAAUUUUAAAAAGUGCCUAGGUACCCAUAUUAUAGUAUGUAUAUAGCAAUAUAGGUAUAAAUUUCUGGUACAUAGUUUAAUUUAUCGGUUCGUUCACGCAAUAACUGUAUGCAUAUUAUAUAAAAGAAAUAGCGUCUGGAGAAAAGUUUACCUCUAGUUAAAAUAUCCUAUACAUAACACAUACCUAAUAAUAUACUUAAUCUAAUGACAUAUACCUACUAAUACCGAUAUGGAUGUGGUUGUUUGAAACAUCUUAAAUAGACUAGGUAGGUAUAUCUAUCAUAACAUUUUGGCGUUAACUGUCAGUGUAAAAUAUUAAUAAUGCAAGUUUAAUAUUAUAAUGUCGUUACACAAUAUUAUUGUAUAUAUAUAGUAAUAAAAAAAAAAAUAUUCAAAAAUAAACAAGGAAAAAAAGAUUGUAAACAUCGGCAUUUGGUAUUCUUUAUUAGGCUAUAAUUCGUCGAGAUGUUUUUUUAAAAUUUGUUUUUUAUAUUAUUUUAUUGUAUUAUAGGUAUACACACACGUGUAUCGUGAUACAUCUUAUCUUAUGAUAAUAAUUUCCAAUGGACAAAAUAUCAUUGUCGGUCGAUUAUUGGGCUGUUGGGCUGUAAUAAAUAAUGAUGCAACAAAAAUUCACAAAAUCCGGACUUUAAUUAUUGUCAUUAUGAUAUAGAAAGUAUGGUGUUAAUUCAAUGUGUAUAAAUAAAUAUGUAUAAUGUAUAUACAUAUAUGUUGAAAUAAAUGUAUAGGUACGUGCAUUUUUAAAAUCAGAAAUAAUAGUUACACGAAAUUAUAUUUUUUCUAGUGAAAAUAGUAAAGAUAUAUUUAUUUAUAAUACAACAUUUAAGUAAAUAUUAAUGUUCUAAUGACGUUAGUAAAUUUACUUAUAAGCAGUAGAAAUUUGUUUCAUAUGGUUCAAUGUACUGCUUGCUUUUAUUCAUUCAAUCUUUUGUUCAAUAAAUGCAUAAUUUAAUACAAUUUCAUCUAAAUUUUCAUAAGCGCGAGAUAAAACGUAUUUCAAUGGCUUGCUGGGGCAAAUUGGUUCAGUCCUACCAAAGUAGGGAUCUCAAAUUUAUUUAUUAUAAAUACGGGAUAUUUCAAAUCAUACUGAAAAUGUAUAUGUGUUGCAACAAACUACGUGGAGGGAGAAGUGUGAUGGUAAUAAGGACGUAGCCUAGCCCUUAAAACUAGUCCGUAACUUAAAAGUUAUCCAAUUAAUUUGAAUAAUUUAUUUUUACUUUUUAGGUAGUUUUUUGUAUCUAAAAUAAUGAUAAAACCAAAACUGACAUACAUAUUAAUAGUUCAAGAAUUUGUCUACAGCGAUACUUAUUACCGAAUCUCAUAUAACGCGUCUACUGCUAGGUGUGCUUGUCGAUAUAGUAAAAAGAAGUAAUAAAAGAAACGAAAAAGAAAAAAACUAAAGUUCUGAUUUUAUUAGUAUUUAUAAUGAUUAAUUUCAAUUUAUGAGGUAGUUCUAAAGCAGCAUAUUCCCUGUUACUUCCCUCACUGUAACUUUCACUAAUAAUUUACAACUUUUUUCAGUCUUUGUAAUUUAUAUACAAUUUAGCAUACUUGUAAAUUGGACAUCUCCACUCUCCAUCUCUUAUCUUAGUUAACAUUUCUACUGUAGAAAUCCUAAUAUUCAUUAUGUGAUUGUCAAUACUUAUUUAGUAAAAAAUUUAUUAAAUGAAAUAUCAAAUAGUAGGAAUAAUAUUUAUCACACAAACAACAGUUCACGUAUUUCCGCGAAGAAAUAGGAAAACAUACGAACAUAUUUUAAACUUUCUGUUUAACGACAAUUUAAAUAAAUUUUUGGUUUAUAAAAAUGUAUCAUAAUAAUAUUACUAUGGUGACUGAAAUGAUACUUUUUCAAUGUUCCGAGUGCGUCCGAAAUAAGGUAUCAACCGAGUGCAUUUUAAGAAAAUAUAUUUUCAACAUAGCUCAAAUGCACCUCAGUUAAUUUAGUGUUACCUAUGAUGGUGCACCACAACUGGCUUACACCCCAAAAAUGUUUGGUUAUUUUAUUAUCUAUUAUUGAUUACACUCAUUAUGGUUGGUUGAAUGUUUUAAAAUCGAUUCAGAAUACGCCAUAGUUUUUGGAGUACUUAUAGUAUUUAAAUAUUUUUGUAUAUGAAAACAUUACAAUUUUUACAUUUGUUUAGAUCAUUUUUGAAAAUUACGGCGCUAUUCACUCAUUCACUAACUUAGUUGCCACACGACUACAAGCCAUACUCCACUGUCUUACUGAGUUUUAUAUCGAAGUUGAAAUAAAGUUUGUUUCCACACUAAUCAGUUUUUAAAUAAGUAUUAUAGCAUCGAUACAACUGGAGACGCAAUUAGACAAUUUAAAAUAAUUUGCCGAUAAAACCACUGACGAACUCAUCUAUGCAAAAGGUAAAAAUUAAAAAUGGUACACCUUCGGGAUAUCCCCUUUCAAUUACCUCCGUCGGCUGGCAACCGAAUCCGUCGCUCCGUGUGAGAUAGCCACAUACGUUAACGGGCACAGUGGCGACAAUAAGGGACUCACCAAAUGUUGGCCGACGAUCUCGGUCAAAACGCGGUUAAUCAGUGUUGUCUAAAAAUCAAUAAAACGUAAUAAAUCGCAGUGCAGUCGAUCGGAUCCGCGUGUAAUUAAUAAUCACUCUAAAAUAAUUGGCAGUAUAACAAAGUAAUGAUACUAUGCUAGUGAACAUUGACAAAACAAGAUAUAUCAUUUUCCAAAAUCAUAAAGUGUUAAAAAACUACGAAAAAAAUCUAAUGAUAAAACGACUUGAAUGUGAGGGUAACCUUGAGUGCCCUGCAGUCUCGAAACAUAUUUUUAUUGAUAUGGUACGAGUCUAUAGCUACUACAUUGUUUAUUGUAUAAUACUAUUUAGGUAGUACAGUAUUGUUAAAAUGUGCGAUGUGCAAACGACUGACCAAAUAUUUUAGCUGUGGAAUUUAUGAUGCUAACGUUAAACUCCGGAAAAUAUUCCGCCCUAAAUAUUAUAAUAUACUUGAAUUUAAAUUUCCGUUAAAAUAAAACGUAUACAAGAUGUUCGUAUAUUAUAUAACAAUACUAUAAUCAAUGCUAUAAGCUAUAUGGUCUUAUAUAAAUUUGGAAAGGAGUUAAUAUAAAUCAAAUUCUCGACCAUCUCGUCACGAAUCUUCCGGUGGAUCCACGUUCAUCAGACAUGGACAACGGUUGAUUCAUCGUCAACGAUGUCAUCUGAAAAUUACGUGAAACGCAGUGUAAUAUAGUUAACCACCGAUCCGUUUCGCUGUCACACGAAAUUACUUGCAUUUUGGAGAUUUAUAACUACAGCUGUUCAAGUGUAGAAAAACAGAGGAACUAGCAAAUAAUAUUACAAUUUUUAGUUUCAACAAAUUUUUUUUUCUUUUAAUAUAAUAUAUAAAGAUAUUAUCUUUAUCACAAAAAAUUACGAUAAUACGCAUCUAUACAACAAGUAAUUAAAUAAAUGACAAAUAUAGUGGAAACAUGAAAAGAAGCUUCAUAAUAGAAGCACCUCGGCUGUAUCAAUAAGUUGUGACGAAAUUUACCUAUGGAUCGUUGACCGAAUCUAAACAAAAAUAUUUUAUCUAGGUCGGGAGUGAUCACUGCAGCCGUAAUAAAGGAAUAAAACAGCUAUAAUGAUAUUAGCCAGGAGGAGAUCCUCGGAGUCUAACCCCCCUCUCCGCCGAAUUUGUUUUAAACAAUUACUAUACUUUGAUUUGGAAAUGGACCCCCCCUCCACAAAUUAAAUCCUAGUUUCAUUUUUGAUAAUGAUCAGAAACUUACGCUACUUGAACAUGCGAGGUACGAAAAACUAAAAGUGCAAAGGACGUUAUAGUGUAUAUUUAUUUACUAUUUUGUCAAAAUGAAAUCCUAUUACGGUGUGGGUACAAUAUACGGCCGUGCAUAAAUAUAAAGACUCCUAAAGACUUACGAUAUUAAUAUUCGGAAACGGGCCAAACAAUAAUUUGAUUUCAUAGCUGCUUAUUAUUCAAGCGUUCCCUGUCAUAGUGUUAUGAUAACUAUACAAUUGGUUCCCGGAUCAGAAAAAAAAAAAUGUACGAGUUGGUUUUCAUUAAAUUAUGUAGCACUAUAAAAUUGUUUUAGUUGGUUCCCGACCGUAAUAAUAGGUAUAAAUAAUAAGUUUAAUCGCGUUUUAUUAGUUACUGGAAAAUUUAGAUUUCAGUAUUUAAUUUUGUAUUGUAAAUAUUUUAUUGGGUUUUAUCGGGUUAGGAAAAUUCCUAUAUAAGAUAUAUUAUAUAGGUACCUAAUUAUGUAUUUCUAACAGAUUGGAUAUGUGCGUGUCUCAGUACUAUUUUAGACAUCAAUCGUGUUUUAAUAUGCCAAUGCGACAGUUUCGUAAAACGUUAUAUUAUACUAUUUGUAAUGGUAUCAAUUAAAAACAUAAAAUAAUGAGCCAACCGAAUUCAUUGUUUUCAAUUAGAGAAGAAGACGCGUGCCUAUUACGCACCCCGCAGUCGUAAAAAUUAUUUCGUUAUUAUUAUACGUAUACGAGCUCCCACAUGCCGCGAUCUCUUCGAUUAAUACACGGGCACAUAUUUUUAUUAUACUAUUAAUAGGUACCUACAUUACAUUAUAUAUCUACAUUAUAGUAUACAGGGUGAUUUUUUUUUUCACGAGAUGGAGAUUUUAUUUGUUCAAUUUCAAGUACCAAAUAAAUAUUUAUAUGUAUUUAUAUUGUUUUUUUUAAUCAUUUAAAACAAUUGUUUAAAAUUUGUAUUUAAAGACUAAUUUCAAAUAUUUAUCCUCAGACUUCGCUCUUUAUAUACAUAUAUGUAUAUAUCAUGUACGUAGUAUUCAUUUUUAGCUUUCAAAUGGCUUUUAAAUUUCGAUGCAAAUUUGAAAAAAAAAAUAUUGAUAUGUGCAUAACAAAUUAAUAUAUCGAAUACACUAUUUAUGAGUUGUAAUUCUUAAAAGUUAUAACCCUUUUAUCCCUACUCUUCCGGUCUAAUAUUUGAACUCAUGAACGGUAAAUCCUGCAAAAUUAUAAAUAGUAUUAGACGUAUUAAAAUUUUUGAUUAAAAAUAUUAUAUUCACAAAUUGUUUUUGAAAAUUAGGGGGGGGGGGUUGAAAAUAUUUGAAAAUCGAAAGUUAAUAGUACCUAUUUAACACAUACUAUAUAUGUAAUACAAUACAUUUAUACUUAUUAUACUUGUAAUUAUUAUAUUAUGGAGUUUACGGUGUAAGGAAUAAGGGUAAAAUUUUGUAAAUAAGAUCGCUAUUUAUUGGUAAAUGAUUUAAAAAACUGAAAAAUCAAAAUCAUCGAUUUUAUUCAAAACAGUCUUCGUAGAUAAUUGCUGGAUCAUGGUUAAAAGAAAAUCACCCUGUAUAUGUACACACACGCACGUAUAAUACAUGGUAAUAUUAAUCAACUCAAUGGCAUUCGGCGGGACUUGUCGCGUGGGGUGAAUACACUGCGGAGUGCACGAAUAUUGUAAAUUGAAAAGACGACGAUAAUAUCUCUGUAUCAAUCCUAUUACAUUUUUUCAGUAUUUUGUUUUUACAGUAUCCAGUGGUUGCACCGUUUUUUUUAACCUGUACGGAAUUCGACGACGGGAGGGAGGAGGGUAGAAACACAACAAUAAAGUGAAUACCUAACAUAAAAUACUACUAUACAACUAGAUAUUUGGGCGUCUUAGAUUACAAUUGGUUAGGAAUUUUCAAUGAUAGGACAUGAAAUAAUAAUAACAAUCAUCAAUAAAUCGCAUUUUUAUAAAAACAUUUUUGUUGACUCUAUACUCGACUAUAUGGCCCUAUGGAAAUUUAAAAAUCGAAUUAAAAAAAAAAAUAUAUACACUUUUUAAUCAAUGAUUCCAAACUAUUCAUUGUAACAAGACUGAAAUACCUAUAUCUUUACAUUUUAAGAAGAAAUUACAAAAUACAAAUCUCAUAAUUGCUGUAAUUCCGCCGUGUGCACUCCACUGUGUAGAUGAGAUAUGUAUGGAUAAAAAAGUAGUUUUCUUCGCAUUUAUACAAAUAUAAUGAUGUCGUCCGGUGAACAUUUCACGGUAUUUAUAAUAACAGUUAUUUUUGUUGAUAUAUUUCGAAUCAAUAUUGGUAGGCAUGAAUACUUAUUAGUUAUUAUUGUUUGAAUAAAUUGAAUUACAAUUAACUUAAGCAAACAUGUCUGACUAAAAAAUAUAUAUCAUUCGAAUGUUAUAUUAUUAUAACAAAACGGGUAAUCAUUUUAUGAUCGGUAGGAAAAAAUGUAAUACUAUAUUUGUUUUUUGAAUAUAAAUGUAGAUAUCAUUACUAUUUUUCAAAUUAUAAUAAUAUAUUCGUGCGUGUAUUCACAAAUUCACAGCGAGCACGAGAAAGUAUGUAAUAACAAAUUAUUGAGUAUAAUGUUAUUCGGCAAAUUGCAUUCCGUUGCGGGUUUAAAAAUAAUAAUAAUAUACACAGUACACCUUAUCAAAUACAAUUAUGACCAAUAUAUUAUAUCGUUAUCGUAUAAUAUGUAAUAUAUAUAUAUUUCCAUCAUCGGAUCGGCCUCGGCGGAUGUUAUAUUUUUUAUAAUAGUUUUUGUUAAAUAUUAUAUUCUCGUAAGUUACAAUUAUAGUUUCUAAAACAAAUUAUGCGACGUAAUUAUAUAGGAUAACAACAUUUUUUUUUUUAUCGAUAUCGACUUUGGUUGCACAAUCGAUAAAGAUAAUAAUAUUAUAUAUCCACAUGAUGUGUAAAUUAUUACCAAUUUCGUAUAUAUAUAUAUACCUUAGGGCAAUGGCAUAUCCAAUAGAAAUCAUUUUUGCUUUUUGAGUGAAUGGGGGAGUUAGUCACAGUUGCCGUUGUAGCUAUCGUCUCUUUGAAAACUUUUGUAUCUAAAUAUUAAUUGUAUAUAACUUUGUAGCUCUUUCUUAAUCGAGGAGAUUAAAAUAAAAAUAUAGUGUGGGAGUCGAGUGUAGCAAAGAUGAGAAUAUUAUGCUUAUAUUGAUGGAUAGCUAUAAUGAGUGAUGAAUAGUCACUAUAUAUUAGUAUAUAAAGAGGACAGUUUACGGGCGAAUUAGGACGAAAUGAGAGAAAGAGAAACAUGUGCGGAAAAAUUCGGGGUGUACGAUGUGGGAGAUCAAGUUAAAUAAUGGAAUUUUAGGACCGAGGUGAUGGCUUACUUCGAAUAAUGUAGUUGCAAAGGAGUCGAUGGGGAUAAUAAGAUUAUUGUUAAAAUAACAAUUAAUUUAUAAUAAUUUUUAAAAAAAAUAAUAAAAUAAAAAUCCUGGAUCUGUGGUCAAAUUCUGUUACUUAUUGACGGGGUCAAUGUGCGUACGUUACUAUCGUUUAUUGUGAUUGCGGCUUGCCAAUGGAAAUAGUAUUUCUCCAGUAAACGACAACGAAACAGCCGUGUUUCGUCCAUUAACGAUAUUUAUGAUGCUAAUGAGAUAAAUUAUACACCCGUAAGUCGAUGUAUACACGUGCGUACGGUACCAAAAAAAAAAAAAAAAUUAGAAAGUGAGAGUGACCGUUACGAAUGAAUUCAACAUACUAAUAUAACGUUGUUAAAACCACUUUAGUACUUAUAAUAAUUAUUUCAUUUAUACGAAUGCAUAGCCCAUAGGUUAAGUACCUAUACUAGAUGAAUAUUGCCGUUAAGCACUAAAACAAGCGGCUUCUUGAGGAUUAUAUCCGUUUGGGAAUAAUUGUUUUUUUUUCUUCUAUUUGAUUAAACAACACAUCCUUGUCAUUCGAACUUUAUUUGUUUUUAAUUUUAUGUGUAUGGCGACCGGAUAGUUAUGUAAAAGUUGGCGGUACAUGAUGUUUAUAAUAUGAAAAAUCGGAACAAAAUGUAGUAAUGUAAAAUAAUUAACGGUCUUUCCAGUAUGCAGUUAGGUAUCCAGUACAAAUUCGAUAAAUAUAAUCAAGACGAGUUUGAAUCAGAGUUUUUUUUUUCACGUUUUCUCGUUUUGCAUUUUUAAGAAAUCUAAUAGUUUUAUUGUUUAUUCGCCAUAUACGGUAUACCAAAUUAAACACUAUAAAAAUACGUGCGCCGUAAUAUUUUUCAAAGUUUACGAAUUAUGGUUUUAAAAAUAUUAUAAUAUUGCAGUAAUUAUACCUAUAGUAUGUAAAAAAUUGUUAAAAUUUUCAACCCAACACCAUCGUAAUGCAUUUACAUAAUUAGUUUAAGUAUAGGUACCUGCUAUUUGACUAUAUCUGAUGACUAAUUCGCUAAAACAAAUAUACAACUUAAUAUUGACAAUACGUAAUAGGAUGUUAUAUAGAAAUGUACUAAUUUAUGGUAGAUAGGUAAUUAUAGUUUUGUAGUAAUAUUAACAUCGUUCAAUGUAUUAAAAAAUAAAAAUAAUUUCUUUGAAUCCUUUCCAAACGAGUAAAAUAUAGCAAGCACUUUAUCUACAGAGCGUAAACAAAUAAUUUUUAUACGUUUUUAAUUAUUAUUCAAGUGAAACGAUUAAUUAGAAUUUAAAUAUUCAGAAUUCGAUAAACUCAUAAAUAUAGCUUGUUUAACCUAAGAUCAAGUAAACGAAUGGCGGGAUAAAAUAAUUAUGAUUUAUCGUAGUCUUAAGGCACGUUCACAAUAUACGUCAUAGAACGUAGGUACUCAUUACACGGAUGAUUUAAUUCUAUAAACCUAUAGACGAGACGGUUACGUUCGACGUAAAUGAUUAAAUAUUUUCGUAUUAGGAAAUGAUUUUUGUUUUUGUAAUCAAUUUAAUAGCAAUACAACAUAAUAGGUAAUCAUUUAUUCAAAACAAAUUUUGAAGGUCAAUGUAACGAGUCGCAUUUUAUUAACAUUCACGAUACUCGUGCAAAUAUAAUAUAGGCAUUACUAAACGUUUGCCAAAUCACGAUCAGCAACAAUCGUUUAGCAUAAUGUAUUAUUUUUUUCUUUCGUACGAACAUGAUGUAUAAUUUAGAAAAUUUAAACUUGUUCUAUAUUUUUCGGUUCGCGCUGACGACUUAGGGUAUUUUGAGAUAAUUUCAAAUGACGUGUAAUUGGUAUAUCUAUUCUUUUUUACUUUUUAUUUCCGACAGGUUGAUACUAUGAAUUUAUAAUGUAUGACAAGAGAAUAAGUCACGUUACUAUUUUUGACGAAUAAUCAUUGUUGAAACUUAAAAUUGUGAAAUGUUUAACUUAACACUUACUAUAAUAUGUUUACAAGUUCACUGCGUUUAGAUAAUUUGCAGUCGGAGAAUUAAUGUAUUUUUAUGAAUUAUAAAUAAAUCAAAAAUUCACUCAAAUAAAAAUCAUUAAAAAAAAAAAAAAAAUGGCAUUUUGUUAUAAUACAUAUGGUAGGCUAGUUUUUUUGUUUUGGACAGAUUGCAAGAGGAGGUCAAACAACAUUAUUGUAUUUGCACUUUUAAAACGCGAAAAUAACAAUAAAUCGCCGCGUUUAAAAAUUAGUUCUGAUUUAUUUGUAUUAUCGGUUCAAUACCAUUUGUGACCUUUUUGUUUAUAAGUACAAAGUCGCUGAACACUAUAUAUUUAAUAAUGUGUAUGGCCUCAAAAAGUGUUUAUCUCGCACUAUGUUCGAAAUUCAAAAUAUGCGCCGAAUGUGCAGAAACAUUAAUAUUAUAUUUUAUUACCCAUUGUGUUUAUUUUCAGAUGUCGUUUUGUACUUACAAACUGUAUUGGUCACGGAAUCUCUUUCGGAACGAGCCGAAAUUCAACGUCGACAACUUUUGGAAAAACUCUCUAACAGAGGAAUAUCGCCGGCUCCGUACAUGGACAUGAAUGGACGAUCAAAAGGUUAGCUUGGGUACCAGUAUUGUUUUUACUUCGUAUACUUACAUAAUAUAUUAAUAUAAUUGUCGCCAAUUCCAAAACUCAAGAUGACAAGAGUGUAAUAUAAUAUAUUCUAUAGCUUUCACUGGACGAAUAAAAUUAAUAAUUCGUAAAAAGUAAAUGGUAUUACCCAGAAGUAAGAAUAACUAUAUAAUAUUAUACAAGAUAUGAAUACAUAAUAGAUAUAUAGUAUAGUUUUCAUUAUUGUUCCGGUGUCGUCUCGUUUCCAUUUCAAUAAUGCAAUUUCAAGGUAAAAUCUUGACACGCUAUGAAAAACCCACUACAUAAUAUUAUACUCUAUGCACAUUUUUUAGGUAGGCCGAUAAAUACCCACGAUACGUCAUAAUAUUUGUAUGCGUAUCUACCGUAUCAUGUCACUUUGAUAAUAAAAUAAUUAAAGACCGGAUUUCAUAUAAAAUGCAUAUUGAUAAUUUCUACGUUAUAAUACAUAUACAUGUACAAUCAGUGAGUGUCCAUAAAUCAUUACUUGAUUGAUUAAUUUACAAAAUAUUGAAUUAUUGAAAUAAAAAACUUUGCGUGUUUUAAAUAUUUUUUGCAUAUUUAGCCACUUCUAAACAGAGGCGAGUAAAAAAGACGGACAUACUUCGCACGAUGGGUGCAGUCACUGUUAUUGGUGAGAAGUUGGGAAUGUAGAAUAAAGAAGGGAAUUUAAUGUAUAUCUGUAAACAACGAUAAAUCAUUACUUACGAAAAAACAAUUCUGGGCGGAGAUCAGUUGAUAUUGAUGCUUUGUCAACAAUAUAUAAUAUGUAUAUUAUGUCAUAUAAUUAAAUAGGCAUUAUAUAUUUUUUUUAAUAAUAUUUGUUUAAUAUUGUAUCCAUUUUCUCGUUUUUCAUACUACUUCCUGGUUUUCCCAUGUUUUUCCCGGUUUUUCAUUUGCUGGGGAAAUUCUUUGGAAAAUCGAAAAAUAACCUCCUUAAAGUACUUUCCUAAGAAAAUUUUCUUUCAGAAAUCUUUCUACAUAGUAUGCAUUAGAGUAAGCUUACUGGUAAAAAAAGUGUUCACAUAAAAAAAAUUAACAUCUUUCUAAAACCAAUACAUUCUUCGCUACACUCAGAAUCUAAAAGUAUAAAUAUACACACCAAAAAGGUGAACAUGGAACACACUUAAAUAACUUUUUGUUUUUCCAACUAAUAUACUACAUUUUUCGUAAUUUUUUCUAAUUAACAAUGUUAAGUUAGAUUACUAAAAUACUAUUUACUUGGUUUUUGAAUGUAUUAAAAAAUUAAAAUUAAAUUUAUUCUUAGUUUAUUGUAUUUUUCAGUUUACAGAUUUUAAUUAACUACCUAAGUAUAAUUUAAAAUGUUCUUACUAAUCAGAUGUAAGUUUUAAAUUUAUGUUCUGUAUAUUUAUGCUAGAUUGUAUAUUUUACUGUUUGUUUACACAAAUUAAAAUAAUUAAUAAUUUACACUUCAAAAUUACGAUACACAAUAAAAAAACGUUAUCAAAAUUUCAAUUUUAUUUUGAAUAUUUCGUAAUAUUUUCUAGCAUAUUUUGACUUUUUUAGUACUUGUUUACAUUGUCUAAAUACUAUCAAAAUCGUUAUAUGUAUUCAUACAAUAUUUAGGGACGGCCAAAGUGUAGCGCAGAUUGGACAUAUUUUGCUCAGGGCCUCGCAUCGUAUUCUUAUAGAUUCCUCACUCCCCAAGUGGGAUAUUUUGUGCUCUUAGGGUAAAUUUUCAGUCACAUCACGUAGGUAUAGUUAGUAAUAAUUAAGGAACGGAUUUAGAAUCCGAAAAAAGUCUUUGAAGAAAUCACUUUUACAAUGAAGUUUAUUUUUUUUUUCUAUGGACAGCUUUUUAAACAGAAAUUUUACUCCAAUUUACAAUAAUAGCAUUAUUUCUAAAAGAAAAUCUGACUGUGGUGGUACUUUCAGGAAGUUAUUUUUAAUUUUCCCAAGAGUUUUUCCAAUAAAUGGGAAAACCGGGAAAGUAGAUACACUAUUAAACAAUUAUUAUUAAAGAAAAUAUAUAAUGCACAUGAAAUUAUUUUACCAUAAUGUGACAAAUAUAUUGUUGACGAAACAACACUAUUAACCGAACUCCGCUCUGAAUUGUUUUUUGUUAGCAAUGAUUAAUCGUUGCAUAUACAGAUAUACAUUAAAUUUCCCCUCUACAUUCCCAACUUCUCACCUACAAUAUUAGCCCACCCACGUGCGAAAUAUUUUCAUUUUUUUUUUUCUUAUUCUGUUAUAACACUUUUUGCUCUUUUUCAUUUCUAGAUACCUAAAUAUUUUUUAUAAAUAUCACUAGGGCUCAGAUUUUAUAGCAUUUUCUAAUUAUUACAGGAUAAAGAUAAAAAUAACAUAAUGAUUUAUUUUUUAUUUUUCAUAAAUAGUAGAAAAAAUCUGUAAUUUGUAAUUUAAUUCAUAAGAAAAAUAUUUAAAAUUUUUGUUUCAUAUUAUAAUUUUUUUUUAAGUAACCUCGCGUAUUGAUCAAUCGAACAGUAUACAUUUAUGAAUUCGUAUCGGCUGUAUUUAUAUGUUUAAAAAAUAUUAUAUUGAAAAGAAUAAGUAUUCAGAGAACAAAACACAUAUUACAUUAUUAUGUACAAAUUUUAAUUUCAUAGAGAGGAAAACCAUUUAUUAUUAUUGUUCUACGGAAAUGGCUUGAUAACAAUAAUAUAUAAUAUAAUAUUAUAAUAUAUUUAUUUAGUAUACUAUAUAGAGUACCUACUAUUCACUUUUAUCAUCAUAGAGUAUACUGUACAAAUAUUUGCGUUUUUAGUAUUGUCUAUUAAAAAUUCAAAUGAUAUUAAUUGAAUAAUUGUAUUACAUGUAAAUCAUUGUAUUUAAAGAAAACUUUUUCAUUUUUCAUUUUUCACGUGCAUAAGCGCGGCACCUAAAUAAGGAAUCCAAGACACGUGGCCCGGGUCAUAAAAACGCAUAUUAUAUUGUGUACUUUAUUGCAUACUGAUUAUACCUUUAUUUAUAUCAAUAUCACAUAAGUCAAAUUGUAUUGUGUUAAAAUAAAAAAAGACAUCGUAGGAUAAUGGGGACGGUUGCAGCCACUGUUAUAGGUAUUUUAGUGUAUAUCUGUUAGCAACGAUUAACCAUUACUAACGAAAAAACGAUUCUGAGUGGAGUUCAGUUAAUAGUGAUGCUUUUUCAACAAUAUAUAAUAUAUUAUAUUAUGAUAAAAUAAUUGAAUAGGCAUUAUAUAUUAUUUUUAAUAAUAUUUGUUUAAUGUACCGAUUUUCCAGUUUUUCCUAUGUUUUUCCUGGUUUUCUAAUGUUUUUACCUAGUUUUUUACAUUUGCUGGAAAACUUUUGAGAAAAUAGAAAAAUUACUUCCCUAAAGUACUUUCCUAGUAAAAUUUCCUUUUAGAAAAACUACUAUCAUUAUUAGUCUGAGCAAAAUCGCUGGUAGAAAAGUUGUCUACAGAAAAAAAAAAUCGUACUAUUUUACAAAUAUUAUAUAUUCCCGUUUUUCCUCUGUUUGUUUUGACUUUUCGCAUUUGAUGAGGAUACUCUUGAGAAAAUUGAAAAAUGACAAAUAUGGUACAAUUAUAAAAAUUAAAAUAUAAUAAUAAUUAACUAAUAUAAAACAUGUUGCGGUGUAUAAUAAUAAUAUACAGAAUCAUUUUUUUUUUAUUUAGAACCAACAAUGGUCUUGGAGGAUUUUAAGUGAAUAUGUUUUUUUUUUUUUUAAUUUUUGUGGAAUAUUUUAAAACCAUUUUUUCGCCCCUAUUCCAUAUGCCUUAAAUAUAAGUACAUACUUUUGUUUUUUAAAUAGGAAUUCCCUCUUUUUGAACACAGAUUCGAAUAAAAAAUAUUUUUUUAGAAAUGUUCGUAUGCAUAACUCGAAUAUCAGAUUUAUCGUUUAUGAGUUAUAUUUUUUUUAUAGAUCAACUUACAGAACACAUAAUAUACCUGAAUAGACGUAAAAUGUCCAGAAACAUUUUUUUUUUUUUUGUUAUCUUGUAAAAAUGCUCGGUUAACUACAAAUCUUACAGAUAAUACUUAUAAAAAAUUAUCUAUAAACCUCGUGUUAAGUAAACAACAGUAAGUACUUAUAUAAUACCAUUUAUUGUUUUCAUUAUCAGGUUUGAUAAUGAAAUCCAACAGCUUCGCGUGUCUUCAUCAGCAGGCGGCAUACGAAGAACUGUGCACAAACCAGCCGAUCUAUAACAACGAAGUCGAUAUUCUCGAUUACGAACCUUUUACUACUUGCAACAGUUACAGCCCGACAAAACCAUUGAACGGCAAACGGCAUAGCGCACCCAAUGGCCGCGGUGACAGCGCUUUGUCGAUGGGGUCGCUAAACAAGUCCACGAUGAACGGCAGUAGUAUGAGCAGCAGAUCGAACAGCGAUUCAUCCGAGUGUUCCAAGAGCGAGGUAAUCUACGUGUCCGCGAACGCGGUCAAGUAUUCGGCGAGCAAAUACGGGGCAUUGAUGAAGCGCGAGAAAAUACUGUUCGUCGACCACACGAGAAAAUACUGGGCUGCCGUAUUGUCGUCCACUAUGUACGUGUACAAUGGCGAAAAAGAGCUCAAACCCUGUCAGGUCGUGCAUCUUGAAGGGUACACGGCCAGGGACGCCAAUGGGUCGAGUGGUAACCGAAACAAGGACUGGACAUUCGAAGUCGUGUGUCCUGGUAAAAAAACAUAUCAGGUACUUAUACAUUUAUAAGUUAUAGCUAAUUAUUAUAUUUAAUAAUUAAGUUAUAUUUCCGGGUUUAAACAAUAGAAAUCAAUAUGAAAUAAAUUCGAUUUAACAUACUUCUCCAUUCCCAUUAUUAACCCUAUCGCAGUUAAUCGCGGUUGUUAUCCAGUAGUUAAUCUUUUCAAAAGAGUACUUUCAUUAAGGAUUUACCAAUUUUAAUUUAUAACUUCGAAAAUAACAAAUUUUUCUUCCUUAGAGGUGGAUUUUUUUAAACAUUUUAAUACACGUGUUUUUGAAUUUCUAAACAAAAGACCGAACAUUAAUUUUUAUGAAUCUUUUAUAAAAAAAUGGCUGAUUUUCAUGUGAACUUUCAUUUCCUAUUUUACCCCUUGAGGGCUUUAUAUUAUCUUAUUUUUCUAAUAAAACAAUGAUUUGUAUUGUCUUGUCUGAAAUAUCAGUUGUCGUCAUAGAGUUUUCUUUACUACAAUAAUGAGGAGUAGUAGGUAUUUAAAAAUAUUCGGCCCACCCGCCGAAGGUAACCUUUGUUCCAUAUUUAUAGAUUAUUUUCUUUCAUUUUCUCUUUAUAAAGGUCUAUUCCUGUCACUUCAUAUGUUCGUGAUAAGCUGAUUGUUGUCUUCAUAAAGUUUUUCCUUGACUUGACAUCAUUUUUACACAAGGGAUAUUCUAUGUCGGAUUCAUUUUUUGUUUUCUCUACCCUUACUGAUAGAUACCUCUCAUUGUAUAUUUGAGGAUGCUAUCCCACAUAACACUUGUACUUUCCCGACUGGGAUUACUUAUUUUUAUAACACGUGUAACUUAUUCCGUAUUAUUACUAUCUUUUGUAUUAUCGCACAUUGCAGUUUAUAGCUCAAAAUCAAAAUGACAUGCACUCCUGGAUCGAAGCCAUUAACAGUUCCAGCAGUAAACCAUCCACUCCGGAAAUUGCACUCUCGCCGUCACCCAUUUGUUUCAAACAGGACCUGUUGCCUAACCGAGAACUUCCCGUCCCGCCAGCCGCUGACGAUCGUACCAUACAGGAUUAUUGUUACGACAAGCCCAAUCCAAUUAUCAGGCCUGUAAAUCUGUACGAAAACGCUGUGGACGAAGUGGACACCGAGUCCAUUUAUCAGUUUAUCGACGAAUCCAAACGCGAAAAUGACAUUAUUUUACCAAAGGUUCACGUCACUAUAAUUGUUGUGGUUAUUAUUAUAAAUAGUGUUAAUUCGAUAUUAUUAUACAGAUUGACAAACAGUUUUGGGAUGGCGACACGUCCUAUUACAACAUCCCUAGUAACAUACCUGUGCCAGUACAGACCAAAGAAGACGAUAAUAACAACAACGACUACGAUGAUUAUUUCUCCGAAAAGGAAGCCAACUACGAUAUUAUAACAAGUACGUUUUCGGGAGUUCUUUGCUAUAUAAUAAUAAUAAUAAUAAUAAUAAUUUUUAUCCGCUUUGAUUUCAGAUGAAGAGUGUGAGGUGAUUGCGGACCCUGUUUUGGGCGUUCAGCAAAUAAUCCAAAAGAUUGAAGAGAUUAACAACAAAACGACAUUACCGUUUUUAAGACGAAAAUCGCAACCGAUAAAGAGCAAUAGUCUAAUAAGAAACUCUACCCCAGUGUACACCGCUGCGGACGAAUUUUACGAGCCCAUGAAAGUGACGAAGAACAUACCCAAUAAUGCCGUUGUCAGUUCCCAAUCUUUCCGGAAAUCUCGUUGAAGUGAUGCCAAUAUAUUUUUUCUUGUUGUGGAAAAAUAUUCUCAUUCUACGAUAUCGUCAAUUGUCAUCGACCACUUUUGUUUAAUUUUCUUAAACGUUCGACGGCUCCAUUGUGUAAUAUUUACACAAUACAUACGCAUUUAAAAACUCAACUACUGCGUGAUUGUAAUGAACUUACGUCAAAUCAUUAUAAUAAAAAAAAGUCACUCAAGAAAUUAUUAGAAUUUUAAUAAUUUUAAUAGGUAUUCUAUCUUAAAUUUAAAAUUAACUUUCUCCUAUUUUGACAAGUCUGCUUAUCGGUAGAAAUCCUGUUUAAAAACCGAACAUUAGGAAUUUAGAAUAUUAACAUUGUAUAUGUAUAAAACCAAUUAAACAUGAAAUGCUACUUUUAUGUUUCUAGUCUGUAGGUUUUAAACAAUUAUUUUUAUUUUGUUAAUAAUUUUUUUUUUUUAAAUAGUUUUUAGAUUGAAAGUUUUGAUAACCUACAUGAAUAUUAUCAGUUAAUUAAUUAAUUAUUUAUAAUUAUUUUUUUUUUUUUUAAUAUAAAUAAACAUAAACAAAAAAAACUAUACAUUCCGAGUUUAAAUAAACUGUACAAUAAUAAAUUAUUGUCAGAUCUCUUAUAUUUAUGAUCUUAGGGUAGGCCACCCUAUACAAAUAUGUCAUAUGCUUGUCCGUCCUUUGAUAAUAAAUCAUUCAUCAAACAAGGUUAAUUCAUAUUGUGACUUUUAUUUUUGUUACUCAUCCGAUAAUAUCUUACAGUAGGUACCUAUAUGUUUAUAUACUAUUUAAAGUAUUUAAAUUUUAAAACUGUUAUGAAUACAAACAACAAUAACCACCAUUUAUUAAUCAAACGUGUUAAUGUAAAAUAUUCAAUAUAGUAAUUUGUGUGAAUUAAUGUAUUAUAAUAUGUAAGUAUAAUAUAAGCAAUUAAUUUAAAUUAAAACUCGUUUUACUUUUUAUAGAUGUUCCAUAUUGCUUUGCUUAAU